AUGCAAGUCUCCAUAGCCUGCACCGAGCAUAAUUUGAAGAGUCGGAAUGGUGAGGACAGACUUCUGAGCAAGCAGAGCUCCACCGCCCCCAAUGUGGUGAACGCAGCCCGGGCCAAAUUCCGCACGGUUGCUAUCAUCGCUCGCAGCCUGGGCACCUUCACCCCUCAGCAUCACAUCUCUCUCAAAGAGUCCACUGCAAAGCAGACUGGCAUGAAAUAUAGGAAUCUUGGAAAAUCAGGACUCAGAGUUUCUUGCUUGGGUCUUGGAACAUGGGUGACAUUUGGAGGUCAAAUUUCAGAUGAGGUUGCUGAGCGGCUGAUGACGAUCGCGUAUGAGAGCGGAGUGAAUCUCUUUGAUACAGCCGAGGUCUAUGCCGCUGGAAAGGCUGAAGUGAUUCUGGGGAGCAUCAUCAAGAAGAAAGGCUGGAGGAGGUCCAGCCUGGUCAUAACAACCAAACUCUACUGGGGUGGAAAAGCUGAAACAGAAAGAGGGUUGUCAAGAAAACAUAUUAUUGAAGGACUGAAGGGCUCCCUCCAGAGGCUGCAGCUCGAGUAUGUGGAUGUAGUUUUUGCAAAUCGACCAGACAGUAACACCCCCAUGGAAGAAAUUGUUCGCGCCAUGACACAUGUGAUAGACCAAGGAAUGGCCAUGUACUGGGGAACUUCUCGCUGGAGUGCCAUGGAGAUCAUGGAAGCCUACUCAGUAGCAAGACAAUUCAACAUGAUCCCACCAGUCUGUGAACAAGCUGAAUACCAUCUUUUCCAGAGAGAGAAAGUAGAGGUUCAGCUGCCAGAGCUCUAUCAUAAAAUAGGAGUUGGAGCAAUGACAUGGUCUCCACUGGCUUGUGGCAUCAUCUCAGGAAAAUAUGGAAGCGGGGUGCCUGAGAGCUCUAGGGCUUCGCUGAAGUGCUACCAGUGGUUGAAGGAAAGAAUUGUGAGUGAAGAAGGGAGAAAACAGCAAAACAAGCUGAAAGAUCUCUCCCCGAUCGCAGAGCGUCUGGGAUGCACGCUACCUCAGCUAGCCGUGGCCUGGUGCCUGAGAAACGAGGGUGUGAGUUCCGUUCUCCUGGGAUCAUCCACUCCUGAGCAGCUCAUUGAAAACCUCGGUGCCAUUCAGGUUCUCCCAAAGAUGACAUCACACGUGGUAAACGAGAUUGAUAACAUAUUGCGCAACAAGCCCUACAGCAAAAAGGACUAUAGAUCCUAA